GGCGGGGUGGGGCACCGGUCUCUGCUCCCUCCCCCGGCGCUAGGUCCGGUGUAACAAAGCCUUGGUAACGGGGUUGCUAGCGCGCUGGUCGGUGCCUGGUAACCAGGCGCUGCCCCUUUAAGCGGCGGGGGUGUUGCCUUGCCGGAGGGCGGGGAAGAUCCGAAGUCCCCUUCGGCGCCCGCCCACUCUGUGCUGGAGCUGGCAGCUCCCCCUGUCCCCGUUCUCACUCCCAUGCGGGCGGUGGGGACGACGGCACUCUGGGCAGCGCGGCCGCAGGCAGGCGGCUCCUCUCGGUAUGUCCUGGGGGCUCCCUGUCUGCUGAGCCCGCGCAGGUCCCGCUGGAGCCGCCCCGGGGUCCCAUGAGUUCAGAGCUGCCCCGCGCCUCGCCGCUCCGCGCUCUCUUUAAGAUGGAGCCGGCUCCGUCCGCCUCCGAGUUGCUGGUGGGAGCUUCAGAGUUCCUGAAAGGUCGAUUAUAUUUUGCUACUUUACGGAAUAAACCCAAAAGCACAGUAAAUACCCACUAUUUCUGUACUGAUGAGGAGCUGGUCUAUGAAAAUUUCUAUGCAGAUUUUGGACCUUUAAACUUGGCGAUGUUAUACAGAUACUGCUGCAAACUAAAUAAGAAGCUAAAGUCAUUCAGUCUAUCAAGAAAGAAAAUAGUCCACUAUACCAGUUUUGAUCAGCGGAAACGAGCAAAUGCAGCAUUUUUAAUAGGGUCAUAUGCAGUAAUUUACUUAAAGAAAACACCAGAAGAAGCAUACAGAGCACUUUUAUCUGGAUCUAAUCCACCAUAUCUUCCAUUUAGGGAUGCCUCAUUUGGGAACUGCACAUACAAUCUCACAAUCCUGGAUUGCUUGCAGGGAAUAAAAAAGGCCUUUCAGCAUGGAUUUUUUGAUUUUAAGACAUUUGACGUGGAUGAAUAUGAACACUAUGAGCGGGUAGAAAAUGGUGACUUCAACUGGAUUGUUCCAGGAAAAUUUUUAGCAUUUAGUGGACCUCAUCCAAAAACCAAAAUUGAAAAUGGUUAUCCUCUUCACGCACCUGAAGCCUACUUUCCCUAUUUCAGGAAGCAUAAUGUCACAUCAAUCAUAAGACUAAACAAAAAGAUCUAUGAGGCAAAACGUUUUACAGAUGCUGGCUUUGAGCAUUAUGACCUGUUCUUCAUAGAUGGAAGCACACCAAGUGACAACAUAGUGCGACGGUUCUUGAACAUCUGCGAGAAUGCUGAUGGUGCUAUAGCUGUACACUGUAAAGCUGGUCUGGGGAGAACAGGAACAUUGAUAGCCUGUUACAUAAUGAAACACUAUAGGUUCACACAUGGUGAAGUCAUUGCUUGGAUUAGAAUAUGUCGGCCAGGCUCUAUUAUAGGACCCCAGCAGCACUUUUUGGAAGAGAAGCAAGCAGCAUUGUGGAUCCAAGGAGACUUCUACCGAUCCAAACAGAAACAACAAUCAGUUGAUGAUGGACCUGUGAAUAAAAUUCUUUCUGGCUUGGAUGACCUUUCAAUCAGUGGGAGUUUUAGUAAAGUACAAAAUUUGGAUCAAUGUGUGGAGAAUGACUUUGAAGACAAUGCAGAGUUGGAAUCUAAGAACGGCAUGACACAGGGAGACAAACUUCGUGCCUUAAAAAGUCAGAGACAGCCGCGAUCUGCUACAACUGGAGCUCUUAGGCUGGAAGAUAUGAAAUUGCACACCAGAUCAAUAUCACAACCUUUCAGAUUGAAUAGUUCAAGUAGUUCACAAGGGUCCAUGUCUCCUCUGAAGUCCUCCAAGGUGGCAGCAGCUGUUUCACCAUCUGCAAAGAGAAUAAGCAGAAGUCCUACGUCCUUAGGAUCUAAUUUAAAAAGUUGCAGGUUUCCGUUGAAAACUCUACUCAUAGAUUGCAGCUUCUGUAGAGCAUGGCAGCACGACUGUUUAAGGAACUUGACCAUCAAAGUUGAUGCACUGUUCUAUGAUCUGUCACCCAAUGAAUGGUAAUCAUCAAGGUCUUAAUAUUUAAACUUCAAAUUAUAGUACUACUUUGCUUAAGGCACAGCCUGCAGUUAGGGUUGGAGUAGUUGAGAAGGAAGGAUGCAGGUCCUUCCCUGUCCACUAAUCCUGAAAUGCUCUCCCCUGAAUGUUUGUUUGCACUUCUGUUGUAUCCUUCCAAGUGAGAAUCAGUGUGGUUUUGUUUCCUAUCCAUUUAUAUAUUAUGAGAUGGUGGUGGUUUUGUGUGGAAGGUGGAUUAUUGGUCUUAUUAUUUGGCCACUUUACUGUGUAUUUUUCUUUAUAAUUUUUGUGUAUUCUAUAAACAAACACAUGUGGGUUCACACACCCACAGAGACCUGUGGGCAUGAGAUGCUUUAUAACUAAUCAUAUAUUCAACAACAACUUUGUCACUCUGUUUUCAUUUUCUUGUGAAGUUAUUCACAAUAUGAUCGGUAAAACAUCAAUAAUCAUAAAACCAAGUGGUGCUAUAAACUAGUAGAGGAAUAACACAUGCAGUGUAAAGAAGUCCAACCAGGAAUUCUCAAAACUACAAAAGCUUAGAAAGUUCAGUGGAAAAUGUGACAUUCAAAAAGCAACAAUUAACAUCCCUUUUAGAAUUACACUACAUCCCUAUAGCAUUACACAGCCACUCAUCUUCCACAAAAAGUGAACAUUUUAACAAACAGAAUAAAAACCUGCAUUAGAGGACCACUGGAAAUAAAAGCUAAACUAUUGCUCCAUCUUUAACCCAACUGUUUUGCAGCAUAUCAUAUCUUACAUACAGCUGUGUAACAUCAUACAUAAUACUAUUCUGGAAUCUUGUGCAUUACCUAGACACAAAUAAGAAAGGAGCACCAGCUGUAAUGUAAUUUCUUCGCCUAUUUUGAUUAGUAUCAUACUCCUGUUGUUAAUAUCUAGCUUUUAGUCUUAUUACUGGGGUUCAAAAAUGGCUUUAACAGGGGAAGACUUUCACUUCAGAAGGAAAAUUUAGGCACAGGUGAAUAAAAUAGCUGAGAAAGGAGAGGUAAUUGAAUAACUGACCCAAAAAUGGUAGCAGGUGCUCUCAGCCAGUCAGCUGUUUUUCAUUUUCUGAGAGAGUGAGAACCCAAAAGAGAAAGGUGAACUGCCAUAAUGGAGCAGGGUUGCCUUGGCUUAGAUCAGAGGUCUUCAAUCUGUGGGCCAUGUACCCAUAAAGGGGGCAUGGAGUAACAUUUGGGGGGCAUAGCUGGGGCCUAGCCCAGUCCCCACAGAGGGCAGGGAGGGAGCGCUGCACAGAUCCACUCCUGGCCCCGGCUGCUGACCCCACACCCAGGGUCCUGGCUGCCUGCCCGGCCACAGCUGCAGACUUCAGCCCCCAGCCAAGGGUCCGUUCCCACCCCCAGCUCUGUCCCCAGCCUCAGCCCCUUUACUCUUGUCCAUGUCUCCUCCUCCCCCUCCCCAUCCCACACCUCCACCCCUGGAGCCAAUACUUGGCUGCAUUGGAGGGGGCAGACGGGGUGAGAGGGGGUGUGAGGUAAAAAGUUUAGAUAAAGGAGAUAGAGAUCUCCUUGGCUUAGAUAAAGGAGAUAGAGAUCAGAGGGGAGAGAGGAGAAAUGUCUACUUUAAUUUGCUUGUGAUCAUGAAAACCAGAUGACUGAGCACUGGUCUAAAUAGAAUUUAUGUAGGUAGUCUAGGAAGUUGCUCGGUGAGACAGAGAGAGCCUUUGAAUAAACGGAGUCAUGUUGUCUAGGAUAUGUAAUUGUCCUGUUUUAAAACACUCAAUCUUUUGUCUCCCCAUCAGACACCUAUAUGACUCAGUAAUGUCCUCUCACCAAGAAUGAUGUAAUCUUCCAAUAGUUCAUGUUCUAACUAUCAUUCACUGGUUAGGAACAGAGAUUGUACACAGUCAAAUAUGAUGUGUACCGUUUAAGUGCAAAAGCUGUAAUCCUCUCAAUAAUGUCUAGUUGGCUGUGAAUAGAGUUUUUUCAUAGUUCCUGUAAAUCGGAAGCAAUGAAGGAAAAUACUUAAACUAAUAUAGGUAGAAAUAUGCAUACAGCUUUUGCAUCGUAACAAAACAUCAGUUGCUUAUGAUUUUUUUUAACCUGUGAAAUAGCAGUAAUUUGUCUGAUUUCAGUGCAAUGGCCUAAUAGCUUUAAGUAUGGUUGUAGUCAAAAAAGUGAUCGUGAAAAUGUCACCUUCCUACACAACAGAUAAGUUUGCUACCUGUAUUCAAAGUCACAUUGGCAUACUUUUCUGAGUAAAAUGUGGGUUUUUUUACUACUUGUACUCUUGCCAGCCCUGCAUAACUGUCACAAACACAAGGUAGAGAGCUGAAUUCUCUUCUGGCUUAUGAAUCAUCAGAUGGAUUGUCAUCUGAGUUACUGUUGCAGAAAGAGGCCAGAAGAGACCAUUAGAUGAUGAUCUGAUUUGACCUCCUGCAUAUCCCUGUAAUCCAGGUGUUCUCAAACUAGGGCUCGGGACCCCUCAGGGGGUCGCAAAGUUAUUACAUGGGGGGUUG